AUGAAGAUAUUUACUACCAUCGCUUUCCUUGCUGCCCUUUUGGGCCAAGGUAUUGCUCAAGACGCUGGUAUCCAACCUUGUGCAUCUGGUUGCGUCAAUGGUGUCUUUGCGAAUGCCUUCUCUAUGGGAUGUGCUAUGAAUGAUCGCCUCUGUGUCUGUGGAAAGGGUGCGGAUUUCACCGAUGGUAUUCGCGAUUGUGUCAACCAAGCCUGCGCUAGUGCGGACGUCGCAGCUCAACUUCCUAUUGCGCAAAGUUAUGGCACAGAUCAGUGUAAGAUUGCAUCCUCGUCGGCUGGCCUCCCAUCUGCGACGGCGGCUGCUACUGUACCUGCCGAGACUCAACCCGCUCCGGCUACACAACCUACUCAACAGGCAGCGGCUUCAAUCGAUUCAGCUCCUUCGGCACCUUCGACUACGGCUGCAGAACCUACUGCUGCCCCCGUUUCUAGCCCGAGUUCCACCGCCUCUCCCGAGCCCCCUUCCUCUGAUGCCGUAUUUUCUGAAGCGACUUCGUCUGAGCAAGGCUUUAGCGCUGCCACCGCGGAUCCUAAUGCUUCUAGUUCAGCUACGGCCGCCGCGGUCCCCGAAUCUUCGUCUGCUUCUUCGGCCGAAGCCUCACCUACAUCAAAAGCCACUUCUAGCCAGAGUUCGGAUGCCGCUAGCGCCGCUACAGCAUCUGCGGAGAAGUCAGAUGAUGACUCGUCUACUCCCGAGAAUGGAAUGUCUGUCGCAGUGAGAGCCGGAAUUGGUGCUGGUGCUGGUGUUGCGGUAGUCCUACUUGCCCUCGCUGCCUGUCUGUGUAUGCGCCGCCGAAAAAGAGACGCGAAGAACGCUGCUGCUGCACGUGCCGGUACGAUGCAGAUUUCACAGCCUCUGCCUGGUUCUGGACGACAAUAUGCUAGUGAUAUGCGCCAAGCCGAAGCAAGCCUGUCGAGACAUUUCUCGCCUUCGCCGCCUACACCUACCGCUGUCACGACCAUCACGGCUAACAAACGUGCUGUCACGCCUACGUCACCGCGAUAUUCGCUUGCAUCCUACUCCUCCGAACUCGAUGCGCACGCCCGCCCGAUUUAUCGUGGAACACUUGCCUUAUCAGUUUCAUUCGUAUAG